AUGUUAAAUAGACUUGCACCCCUUUCAAGAACCAACUUUAUUAUGCCAAAAAGGAACUCGAGGAGAAAUAAUAAGGGAAAGAACUUUUCCAGGCAAAACACUGGCAAUGACAACCCAACAUGGAAGGAAGUAGAGAGAGAAAAUGAUGUGUGGGAAGAAUACUACAAAGCGAUGAACAUCAUACCAGACAAUGAGUGGAACGACUUUAAAAAAGCUUGUCAAUCGAACCUUCCAAUGACUUUCAGAAUAACUGGAAGUAGAAAGCAUGCUGAAGAGAUUAGAAAUAUUUUCCUUGAUAGACAUUAUAACAACUUGAAGGGGAAGGAAUAUGAAGGAGUUGAUUUGACACCCAAAAACAUUGAGUUUUACCCCGACAAAUUAGGUUGGCAAAUCGAUGUCAGUAAGCAGGUUAUCAAAAAGCAAAAGGAUUUCGCCAAAACGCAAAGGUUUCUAGUUGUGGAGACAGAAGUGGGAAAUAUCAGCAGACAAGAAGCAGUGUCUAUGAUACCGCCAUUGCUUUUAGAUGUUCGUCCCGAGCAUUACGUUUUAGAUAUGUGUGCAGCACCGGGCUCAAAAACAGCCCAGUUGAUUGAAGCUUUGCAUGCUAAUGAUGAGAAGCAAUUGCCAACGGGGUUUGUCUUGGCAAAUGACUCUGACUACAAGAGAAGCCACAUGUUGGUUCAUCAAGUCAAGAGAUUGAAUUCACCAAACUUUUUGGUCGUUAAUCACGACGCUCAAUUGUUUCCUCGUAUUAGAUUAAACGGGCACAAAGAGUAUUUAAAAUUUGACAGAAUACUAUGCGAUGUCCCUUGUUCAGGUGAUGGGACAAUGAGGAAAAACAUCAACAUCUGGAAGGAUUUUAGAACCGGUAAUGCUAUCGGGUUGCACCCAUUGCAGUACAACAUUUUAAACAGGGGCUUGCAAUUGUUGAAAAAGGGGGGUAGACUUGUGUACUCAACUUGCUCAUUAUCGCCCAUAGAAAAUGAAGCUAUAGUUGCAGAAGCUUUAAGAAAAUGGGGAAACAAAAUAAAACUAGUUGAUGUGUCAAAUGAGCUUCCUGGUUUGAAAAGACGCCCAGGUAUUUCCGACUGGCCAGUUUUUGGCAAAGAUAUGAAGCUAAAGAACAAGGGAGACGAUGGGCUUGUUGAUUCAUUGUUUCCACCAACAAAGGAAGAAGCUGAAACAUUUGGUUUGGACAAAUGUGUUAGGGUUUACCCACAUUUGCAGAAUACAGGUGGUUUUUUCAUUACUGUUUUUGAAAAAGUCGAUCCAGAAUCUAACAAGAGACAAGCUGAAGAAAGCGAUGAAGAAGAGCAGGAGUCAAAAAAACAAAAAGUGGAGCCAUCCGGUGAGGAAGAGGCAGUGUCGGCUGAUUCAGAUAAAACUAUUCAGGACAAAGAAUUAACCGCCUCUGUUACAGAAUCGAGGCCAGUUGAAAAGAAACUGAGAUUACCGAGGGAUGCAAACGAGGAACCAUUUGUGUUUCUUGAUCCUACCAAUGAAGAGUUGACCAAAUGCUAUCCGUUUUACGACUUUUCCUCCACAUUCCCCAAAGACUGUGCUCUUGUGAGAAAUGCAACGGGUGAAGCUUUGAGAACUAUAUACUAUGUGUCACCUAUCAUCAAGGAGAUUCUUACCGUAGACGAUCAAAAAUUGAAGUUGGUCCAUGGUGGUAUUAAGUUAUUUGUUGCUCAAAGAAAUGACGUCGGUAUAUGCCCAUGGAGAGUGCAAACCGAGGCCUUGCAUACGAUUGAACAUUAUAUAGGAACAAAAAGACAUUUAACCUGCAACUUGGAGCUUUUGAAAUUUUUAUUUGUUAAUGCAUUCCCCAAAGUGGAGGACUUGAAGGAAUCAGGUUUGGAUGAAGAAUUUUCCAAGAAAUUGGAUGUCUUAGAAGAGGGCUGCUUGUUUUUGACCGUUAAGCGUGGUGAUGGUUUGGAAGAUUUGUUCUUACCUCUUUGGAAAGGAAGAUCUAAUGUCAACUUGAUGGUGAGUAAGAAGGAUACGCAUGAGCUACUUUACCGUGUUUUUGAUAUCGAGACGAGUGCAAAGGAUGAAGGCAAGGAAAGGAUUUAUCAAGAGAAAGUGGAGGCUGCAAAGAAGGCUAGGACAGAAGGUACACCCCAGUCGGAAAAGCUAGAAGAAUUGGUAGUAGAUACAGCUGAAGGAGAGUCAUCUAAAGAUGAAGGAGGAGAGAUCACAGAGGUUGAGAAGUAA